AGUGACGUCAGCGCCCCACCUGGGAGUGGGCGGGGCCACGCGGCAGCCCAGCGAGCAGCCAGCGAGCGAGCGAGCGAGCGAGGAAGAAGGACGACGACACGCCGCCGCCAGAACCGGGAGCGAGCGAGCGAGAGCGCGCGCGCGCCCCGACGGCUGGGUGGGCCUGGCUGUGGCCGGGAUGGGGCUGGCGCGGCGCCCUCCGCCCGCGCCCUCCGCCGCCUGCUCCUCGCCUGCCACCUCCUGCUGCUCCUGCCGCCGCCGCCGGGGUCCUCGGGGCGCCGCCCGCCGCGCGGCCCCGCAUCGCGCGCCUCUUCCCGGGUAAGACCCCCGGGAUCGCCGCCCUCGCCGCCCGGCGCGCCCAGGCAAGCGGCAUCUCGGGGCGCCCCGCCCGCCUGGCACGGCGAUGCCCGAGCGCCUUUGCCGCAGCCGCCCCGGGAGGGGAGGGAGGGGGGGGGCCGCGCCCGGGCUAUUGUCUCCGUCCCCUGCUGCGCGGACCCGGCUGGGCGCGGAAGGGCGAGGCUGGGAGGGGGCUGCCCGGGCUGGGGGGCGGCAGUCUGGUCCCCCGCUCGGAAGCCAGCAUGGCCAGCCCCGGAGCAAGACUCCCCCAGGGGCAAGGGUCCCUCGCGGGCCGGAGCGCCGGGGUGCUUGGGGUGCUGCGGGCCGUCAGCCAAGCCUGCAAGAUCUUGUUGGCCUCGACGCGGUCGAAUCGCUUCCCUGGGGCCAAGCCCCGACCCCCGAAAUAGAAGGAGCGGGACGGGGCGGGUUCGGCGUCCAGGCUUUGCUGGAGCAGCACUGCGCAACAAGCAGCGGGAGAGAGGCAAAGGAAUCGAGCAGAAAAGGGUGAGGGUGGAUUUAAUGGCAAGAAUGGUUGCAGAAUUUUAAGGAGGGGUUACAAUAAUCCAGCACUUUGACAACUCAGAAUGUAGGAUUGAAAACAGCAAAUUACAAGCAAGCAGCAUGUGGUCAAACUCGACUUCACUGGCACAAGCUGUAGUGAUGAUCCUCACCUUGGGGGCUUUAAAAGAGAAUUAAGACAAAUUAAUGGGGGAUGAGACUAUAGGUGGCUCCUGCCAUGACAGCCAUGCUCUGUCUGGGGAUGCCCAGCAACUGGCAGCCUCAGGCCCCAAAGGCCUCUGGGAAUCCCAAGCAGGGAGGGGCUGCUCCCAGGUCCUGCUUCCUGGAAUAGGCAUUGACAGGCUUGAUCCUAUACUGUGCAGGUCCAGCUAUGGAAGGGAGAUGCUCUUGCGCCAGCCGCUUGCAGCCAUCCGCAACCUGGUCCCUUCAAUAGAAGGCAGCUGAAAUGUGCUCUUUGUGGGGCUGCCCUUGAAGACUAUGCAGAAGACACAUAUUAUACCAGGGCUGGUUGGUGCUGUGCUUGAGGGCCUGAGUCAAAGUGCUUCUGUGGCUUCUGUUUGCUUUUUAAAUAUGUUUUUAUUAAGAUUUUCCAAAUGUAAUAAGUGUGUGUCUAUUUUCAAAUCUUCUGUGGCUUCUGUUGGCAUGCAGAGCCCUCACUAACUUGGCCCCAAACACCUGAAGCAGUGACAUCUGUCCAGACCCACCUAGAUGUUGGGGUCUGCAGGGAGGCCUUGCUGGCAGCUCCACUGGGGGGGUGUAUGAGAGAAAGGGGGGCUCUUCUUCCUGGUGGCCCCUGAGAUGGUGGGAUGCCCUUCCUGGCACCCAGCAGCACCUGCCCUUAUUACUGUAUUCAUGUCAUGUUAGGCAACAAUGAGCCUUUUGGGGUGAAGGAUGAGAUCAGAAUAUCCCUCCUCUCAUCAUAGUGUUGUUGCUGUUUCUGACUCCUCUUGAUUCAAUUCGUUUAUGGUCUUGUAACAUUUCUGUGUUUCAUAGUUUGCUUCUUGUAAUGUGUUGUCCAUCAUCCACCCUUGGACUGCAUGGUGAAGGGCAGGCUGUAAAUGCACAGCAACAUAUAAAAUCCUGCAGCAAAGCGUUCUGCAAGUGUUGCAUCUCUUUGGCUUGAUUCUGCCGCCAGUUGUUUUGGCUGUGUUUGCCCAGGGCUGCCAUGAAGAACGCUUGGUUCCCUCUGCGCCUUGCAAGUCCUGCUAUGUCCUCUAAUUGGUUCCUUCCCAGCAACUGCUCUGGCUUCCUCCUUGAGGACGUUGUUGCAGGUUGUGCUUGCUUGAGUUGCCCUGCAUUUUUAGUUAUGCUCCUGGAGGCCCUCAGUCCUACUCAGUGCAUUCCAGACAUGAGCCAGGGCAGGGGGCGCAUCUAGAAACUUUGCAUUCCUCCCUACUUUAGUGCAAUGCAGGGGGCCCAGGAGAAGGAAGUCUCUUGUUCAAAUCUCACUUCUGGCCUGAAGUGACUAAGUAGCCUCAGGCAUCAUCACGACUUUCCCGCUUUACCCCAGUGAUGGCUAAGUGUGAUGAUGUACAGGAAGUGCUUUAGCACACUCUAAAGCUUUAUACCAAUGCUCAAGACUGUUACUUAUUUUCAACUCACAUAAGAUGAAGCAGCAAACACAGCUGAUGUGAUCAGUUCUUGUUUUUCUCUCUGUGCAUUAACCUCCUGGUAUCUCAGGGAGCAAACAGAGCAGAGGAGAAUCCCUCUCCCUUGUUCUGCCAGAGGGCAAGGCAAGUGCGAUGGGCCAAUGCCCCCCUUGCUUCUGGCUUGUUUUCUGCUUGGCAGGGGUUGGACUCGAUGGCCCUUGUGGUCUCUUCCAACUCUAUGAGUCUAUGAUUCUAUGAUAAGACCAUCAGGAGAACCUGACUGCUGCUGAAUCAGACCACUGGGGGCUUGGCUAGCCAGCCGGUGGGUGGAGGUUCCCGUGCAGGACUUGAGGGCGAUUCCCAGCUUCCUCCCACAGCAGAGGGAGACUUCCUAGCCUAGCUGCUGAGCACUUGCUUCAAGCCCUGCUAUGCUGGAGAGCUCCAGCUGGGAACUCCAGGGAGGACCCAUUCCCACAGGAGCUUUUGUUUAGUGCCUAAUGCAAGCCCCCCUCCCCGAACAACAGGGAGCACAUUUUAAGGUUCCCAGUUCUUCCCUUUACUUGCCCCACACCCGACCCCCUGCUGGGAAUAUGAAUAUGUUCAAAAGCACUGGUCCCAAUAUGGACCUUUGGGGGACUCCACUUUCUACAUCCCUCCUUUUGCAAAAUUUAUUCCCACGCUCUGCUUCCUGCUUAUUAAGCAGUUCCUGGGCUCCCUCUCCUCUUAUUCCUCUGGAGUCUUUGCCAGGUAGUUGACAUCUGAAGUGUGGUGUCUGUUGGAGGUGCCAGUUCAGUCCAUGGCUUGCAGAUACUCUUCAGAGAACCCCAACAACAGCCUGGGAGGCAGGAGCUUCCCCGCAGAAUCUGCUCUGCCCUGCUUCAGUCCUGCCUGCUCUGCUAUCUGCUUGGUCAUUGUGUCUCUGACAAUAUGUUCCACCACUUAAGCUAAGCGGUUUGUAAUUUCCAGGAUCCUCCUGGAUCUCUUUUUAAAAACUGGUCUGUGUUGGUCAUGUUCCAGUCCUCAGAUAUGGAGGCUGAUCUGAGAGACAAGGGACAUUUUUUGUUUGCUGAUCCGCCAUUUCACAGUUUUGCUCUUUGAGAACUCUCGGGUGGGCCAGAGGUUUGGGCCAAAGUGUGUGUUCCCUUUUUGCCUCAUUUCUCAGGGAAGCUGCUCUGACUCUGCUCAUUCACCAUGCUGGCAUCCUCUUGGCCUUCCUUGAUCUGCGGAUAUAUGGAGAUAUUAGCUUUCAUUAUUGUGGCUUUGAAACACCCCCAGGCAUUUCAUAGCGAAUGGCCCUUUUUACAUGGCCUUUUUAACAGCCCCCUCAUUUGGGGAAAGUUUCUUCUUUUGAAGUCAAACGUGCCUGUUGAUGCUUAUCUCGAAUGGGAGAGCACUUGGGUCACUGUUCUCAGUCCAUUCAACAACACCUAACACCACUUUGGAUUAAGCCCAAGAUCGCCCUGUCUCUGGUUGGUUCCUUGGCCAGCUAUUCUUGCAGACAGUGCUGGUCUAAUUGAAAUUGCCCGUGGCUGCAGCACUUCCUCCUUGGGAGGCCUCUCUGAGUUCAUUCUCCAUCUCAAGAUCACCCUGGGCAUUUGGGUCCCCAGGACUAAAUGUCUUUAGGGCCCCCCACUGUGCAGGCCCUAUGCUUGACUCCCUGCAUGUAGACUGGCAUCCUCACAUCUGUAGCCAGCCAGCAUCCAGGCCAAGCAGCCUGAGGGCCUGCUCCCUUGGCAAGGGCUUGCCUGGAUCAGGGCUGCCCUCCUCCCGAAGCCAGGUCUGGUGGGAGAGCUGAGCCGAGGUGCCCAGUGUCCUCCGAAAGGGAACAAGCCUGGCCGGCCUUUGUGGGCAGUGGGGAUAGGCUGCAUGCCUGGCAGGGGUGAGGCCUUGCUUCUCUUCAGGGAAGGACUCGGCCGCUUCCCGCCCAACUGGGGAGCCUGGCCUCCCCCCCCCCCCGGCCUCUGGUCACACACGGCCUGCCUUGUCUCUGUGUUGUGCCUGAGGCCCUUAGCCUUGGCCUCCUGCCCCUGGAGCACACUGGGGUGUUUGUCUGGGGGCUGUGAAGGGGCCGCCCUGCAGCUCAGCCCCCGUGGAAUGUGGGGCCACAUCCAGCUGGGUGCUCAGUAGCUUGCCGGGAAAGGGCAGGGCUGAGUGCCGGGAUUCUGCUGCAAGAGGGCGGAGGCCAGGAUCUCUGGGGUGCCCAGCUGGGCUCUCCCCUGGGGCUGCUCCGAAAGGGGCCUGGGCUGGGGCAGGAUGGCUCCCUUACCCUGCCUGAUCUGACCACCUCCAGGGUUCCUCCUCUGGGGUGCUGAGGAGACGUGGGGCAGCAGGAGCCUCUGCAGGGAGGGGCCCCAUUGUCUGGGCAGGAGUCACUGUAGCAAGGGCUCUUCUCCUGGUCACUGCCUGGCAGCGUGUUGUGGUGGCUGGGGGCCUGUGCCAGGUUUCCAGGGCUGUGGGUUUAGGCAAGCCACUGAACAGUGCUGCACAGGGAACCGCAAAUACCUGCAGAAUAAGGAGCCAAAACGGACUGAAUUCUGUACAUCAAUAGAUUUUAGCAGGGAGGCAAAACCUUUCAGUGUAGGAAUGCUGCCUUAAGACAAGUCUUAGCCAUUGGGGUCCCUGUAGCUCAGCAUGGGCAGGCAGCAGCAGCCCUGCAGGGCCCAGGCAGAUGUCUCAACCGACCCUCCUGGCAGCCACCGAUGGUCUUGUCCUGGGCUACAGGGUCUCUGGGUGCUCCUUUCCCAUGGCUUUGGGGUGUGCCCUCCUGUGUAGCUCCCCAGGCCUGCAGACGGGGGCAGAUCCUCCGCCUUCCUUUGCAGUGGCCAGGCGGGUGACGCUCCUUCGCCAGGUGGGCAGGGACGUUCUUGCCUAGGCGGAAUGAUGUGGCCUGUGCAUCUGACUGUGGCCCGGGGCUAGUUUAAGUGGCGGCUGCCAAUCCCUGAGAAGGGAGGAGCCCAGCCGGCAAGAGGCCCCAGGGGGAGGCUGGUUCUCUGGCAUGUUCAGGGGCCGCCCAGGUGUCGGGAACAAGCCACCGGCAGAUGGGUGGGGCUGUGGGUGGGGAGUCCCUCUUGGCACUGGGGAGUGCCUGGCACAGGGGGUGGCAUGUAUGAGCCCCUGGGCCCCGUUCCCCUUGGUCAGAGGGUGGUCUUGAGGGGUGGGGGACUGGCACUUCUUGUAGGGGAGCUGCUUCCCUUGGCCCCACUCCCUCCAGCUGCCUGGCCUACUCUGCAAAGUGGAAUGGGGCCUGCUUCCUCUCUGGGGCUGCAUGCCCUCCAUUGGCCUGCCUGUGUCGAGCAGACGCAGGAUCUCUCCCUCUGGCAACAGCAGGGCAGCCGUGGAGCGGGGAAGGGCCCUUUGCUGUGAAACGGCCCCCCUGGGGCUGUGGGGCUGCCUCUCUGGGACCGCCAGAGCCCCCAGCCCUGCUUUGCCCGUUGUGCGGCCCCUGACUGCUUGCAGCCGCGGAGGUUCCUCUUUAAUUAGCGGCAGGGAUUUCUCCGAGCAAAGCCAGCGGCCGCCUUAUCUGCUGCCGGGAACUGCCAUCACCCACAGAGAUCAAGUUCCCACACUCUGGUGCUUCCCACACAGGCUCUUGCUGGGGGGGGGUCUGGGGGGGUCAGUGGUUACUUGAAGGCUACUGAAAUGGCAGACUUGACACUGAUUCCUUCCUGGGCGGGGGCAACUCCCUUUGUCUCCAGUGAGUCUUCAGGCCCCCCCCAAUGCAACCCCCCAUGCUGUUCAGAUGGCCCUUCCUGGAGCUGAAGAGCUUUGAGAAGCAGUUGUGGGUGUUGUGGGAAAGGGGCAGGAUGGGGGACCCAAGGAGAGGGGAGCCCCACAUGCUCUGGGUCCUUCCAGCUCUGGAGCUCUCCUCAGGUGCUUCUGAGACUGGCUGGGGGUGCCAGGCCCCUUGGUUCUGCUUCUGUUGUGGGGGGGGGGGCAAGCAGAGCAGAACACCUUUUGAGGGACCCUCCUUCCCUCAUUGUGAAGCCCCCCAAUAUCUACUGAUUCUUCUUUCCACUUCUUCAUUCACCUGCCUGCCUUGCCUGGGCCCUGAUCUCUCACUGGCUCAACCUGGGGAUCAGUAGCAGAAACCCCCCCAUGAUAUGGUUGCAGUGGGGAGGGGUCCCUUUGCUGCAAGGCAGACCCCCCUACAAAGGGCCUUGGCUCAGAACCUGCUUUCUGUGUGGAAACUUCCAGGUUCAAGCCCCAACUGCUGCCAGUCAGUGUGGGCAGUGCUGAGCUUGAUGGACAACGGGGUCUGACUCAAGCAAAGGCCACUGCCUCCAUUUGCCCCGCUUGUGUUGCUGCCGCUUUAAGGGCCGUGAUGACAGAUGUGCGCAGAGAGCAGAGCAGGAUCCUUGCAGCUACAGCAGUCCUUGCAGAUGUCCCCCCUCACUGGUUGAAAACCUCCAGAGGUGGGAUGGGGGAGAGUCCACAUCCCGGACGGGUGGCUCGCCAGUCUCUGCUCUAAAUCCUCCACCCUUUGUGGCUCCCAGGCAGAAUCUGCUCCUUUGUAUGUGGCUCACCCUUCCUAGUGUUGGGUCUCAAUCCAAACUCUCUCCCUUGUCAUUUGAACCCUCAGCAGCAGAAAGCAGAUCUGCUCCAUCCUCCUGCAAAGUGGCAGCGCUUCCAAUGCCCGCAUGUGGCUGUUGUGUCGCCCCUUCUUUGGGUGGAGCAUCUCUCAUAGCUUCCCACCGACAGGAUUUUGUCUUCAGCCCCCCAUCCUUGCGGCCGUCCUCUGGACACUUUCCCAUUUGUCCAGCCCUAGACACGGCCCUUUAGGUGAGAUGGCAAGGCUAAGCGAAAGCGAGUGGGUCCAUUAGGACAGGUCUGCAUCAGGCCUUUGGGCUGCCAUAUCCCGCAGCUGACUCAUUCUGUAACUUGUGGUCUCCUCCGAAACCCUGAGUUCCUUUCUAUAUGACUGGAUGACCUUUAAGGUUCCUCCCAAUUCUCUGAUUCUAUCAGACAGAUGACACCCAGCCUGUUUUUUGUGCAUCAGUUUAUUCUUCCCUGCUUAAGUGCAGAAUUUUACAUUUAAUCUCUGUUGAAAUUCCUUUUGUUAGUUUUCUCCAUCUGUUUCUGUUGACUUCAAACUCCAGCAAUGGCUGGACUUCACCAUCUCAGGCCUUUUGUAAAGGGCGGCUGGAGGCAGUGAUGGCUACCAGCUUGAAUGGCUUUAAAAGAGGAUUAGACAAAUUCAUGGCGGAGGAGAGGGCUCUCAGAGGCUCCUAGCCCUGGUGACUCUGUUCCUCCUCAGCUACUAGGGACAGAAUCCAAUGAAACUGAAUGUUGGAAGAUUCAGAUAGAUAAGAGGAAGGAGGCAGAGGCAGUAAUGUCUCUGAAGGCCAGUUUCUGGAAACCACGGGAGGAGAGAAGUCUCUCGUUCUCACAUACUGCUUGUGGUUUUCCGGAGGCAUCUAGGAGAACAGGAUGCUGGACUAGAUGGGUGGGGGGCUGUUGUAGUUCUCGGCAACUUCGAUGGCUUCUGAAAAAAGGCUAUUUAACUCACAUGGUAGAUUCUGGUGGCAGACGUGGCGUGCAGAGCCCGGAUGGAGGUGGGGGGCAGGUUGGGAGAGGGGCCCUCCUUCCGUGGGGCAGCAUGGCGAGGCAGGGAGGCCCUGGCUCUGGGAGCCCCAUGGCUUGUGCUGUGGGGAUGGGCUCAAAACAAGGUGUGGAAAGAUGGUUUCCUGCCUUGGAUGGCCACGUGGGAUUAUCUGGGCCCUGGGCUGGGGCAUUGAGCCCUGACCCAGAAGAAUGUGGGCCCAGCCCAAGGCUUUGCUGUCUGAGCCCCAGCCUGGCUACAGAGCCACCGCCGCUCCCUGCCAACCCAGCCAUGGGGGACUUGGCUGUGCCUGGCCACCUUGCAUGCCACUCUGGCCAUGGCCUGCUGUCAUCGCGGAGCAUCUGGCCUGGCCGGGGACGAUGGUGGCAGCUGCCCCUGCCUCUCUUCCCCACUCUCAGCAAGGCGGUUAGUGCAGAAGCCUUUCUGCAGCGCUGCUCUGGCCUCUGGCUGCUCCUUCAGAUUUCUGCUCUCAAAAGAUGUGAUUGUUUGUGGCUCUCUGCGUGCUUGUGCUCAGACAAUGCCUGCCAGGCCAGGCCCUGAGGCGCCAGCCCCCUCACAGGCUGCCCCACCCGCCCUCAGCCUUGAGCCUCUGUGCGCUGACAAGGAAGCAGUUUGAAAGCAUACCAGUGCUGGUAGAUAAAUCGGUAUAGCUGCAGCAGGAAGGUAAACAGUGUUUCUGUGCGCUCUGGUUUCUGUCACGGGUCCCAUUGUGCCAGAAGCGGCUUAGUCCUGCUGGCCACAUGACCCGGAAAGCUGUCUGUGGACAAACGCUGGCUCCCUCGGCCUGAAAGCGAGAUGAGCGCUGCAACCCCAGAGUCGCCUUUGACUGGACUUAACCAUCCAGGGGUCCUUGACCUUAGAUCCUCUGGAGUGGGCCCACGAAAGGAGUGCCUGGGGUGGGUGGGUGGGGGGCAGGCCACCCCAUUCCCACCAGUUCAUUGGCUGCAGCAGCACUGGAACUUGUCAGAUGGGGAGGGACAGGUCUUGUCUGCAUCACUUCUGCAUGCACACAAACGGGAAGGGAGGGGAGCAGUGGCCUUUGGGGUGCAAGGAAAUUGAAGGAAGGUCUGGUUGCCUCCCCUCAGAAAUAUUGCAGAGCUGCGCGGGGGGGGGGGGGUUGACUCUCCUGUGAGGAAAGGACUUUUUUUGUUUAGGGAAAAGGCAAGGGAAGUGGGGCAUGGAAGAGAUGCAUAGAGCCAGGCCUGGCCGGGAGAACAUGGGCAGAACAAUGUUCUCCUCUCUUUCUCUUAACCCUGGGAGUUCUGGGCAUCCGGUGAAGCUGAGGGUUGGGAGGUUCAGGUCUCCUCUGCAAGUGCCACCAGCUGCCCACCUGGGUGGCAGUCCCUGAAGGCGACUGGCAGGCAGUCUCUGUGCUGCUGCCCUUUUCUGUUGGCCCUUCCUGCAACGCCCUUCCCCUGCCAAGAGCCUCCUGGGAUGUUUGCUGAGAAGUCGGUGGCUGCCAAAGGUCAGCCUAAUAAUCUUUCUUGGAAGCUUCCUGCUGGCAGCGCUGCCCCUUUUCUUCCUGCUCCUUGAGGGGGGCUGAGAAAUGUCCUGAUAACUGCCCCCCAACAGCCUUCUCUUUGUUGGGCCUUUCUCUUUGCCCUUUAUAGCAAAAUAGGGACCCCACCAACUGCUAUGCGAAAAAGGAAAGGAAAGCAGCAAUUAAAGCACAUCCUGUUGAAAGUGGCUGAUUCUGCAGCAAAAGCCCAGCCCUUCCCCAUGAGGCCCCUCUUUCGCUCCCCACCCCAGGGACCCCCACCCCACAGCAAGCAGGAACUUGUGGUGCCCCACAUCCAGCCAGUCGCUGAGAGCCAGGCCCCACAGCAGGAGAUGAGGGAGCCUGCAGCCCUUCUCGGGGCGAGAGCAGCGUGGCCAGAGGACUGUCACCUGCUGGGUCCUCCCUUGGCCUAAGAGGCUGUGGAUGAGCUACUCAGGCAACCCUGCAAGUGGUCCAGGACUGGGCGCUGAGCGUGGCGACUGCCUCUGUGCCCGGGCAGCUCUGGACAUAGGGCAGGUGGCACCCAGGCAUGGCUGGCAUUGGGUGGGUGCAGCUGGCACAGGCUGUGGCCCCACUCCUUGGAGGGCGAAGGCUGGAGGUGAUGCUUGCUGCCACCAUUUAUUUUAUUUUUACUGAAUUUUUAUACCUCCCUAUAGCUGGAUGUCUCUGGGCAGUUCACAGAAAAUAUCACAAUAUAUAAAGUCAAAAUAAGAACAAUAACCCAGUAACACCCAGUAACAUGGGAGGGAGGGUGGCCUUCCUGUCUGGACGUGCCCAGUCCCCUCUCUGCCCAGGGCUGCACACAAGCCCUGUGGGGAUGGAGGCUCUGGGGCGAUGCCUCCCCAGGGCUAAAGGAGGCACUCCUGCCCCCCAACUCCUUCUCCUAUGCUGCGUCUUUCAAUGCACUGUGGGGAGGGGGGCAGAGCUGGCCCCUCCUGGCAUUGGCCGGGGGCUUGCAUGUCUUUGGCUGCUCCCCACCUUUGAAUUGCUGCCCCCAUGCCUGGCAUACGCCUUGGGUGCUGUGUGCCGGCCAGUCACCUGCGGGUGCUCUCUUUGCAGAGGUGGAGGGUCUGGUGCAGCGAUUCUCUCACGAGGCCAUUUCCAACUACAGCACCUUCCGGGUGGAUCCCCGAUCCCACACGCUCUACGUGGGAGCCAAGGACACCCUCCUCGCCCUGCCUGUGGGCACCAUCAGUCAGGGGGCCAAGAAGGUGAGCUGGGUGGCAGCCGAGUCCCCAGGGAUGGCUGGGGGGCCUGAGCCCUGUGGCCCCUGCCCUCCUUUUACCUCUGUCGCUUGGGCAGGGAGCAAUUGGGGCGGGGCAAGGCGGUGGGUUUUUUUGGUGGGGGAGGUGUUUCUGCCGUCCUGGCCAAGGUGCCUCUGCUGGGCCAGGAGCAUCAGAUGGUGGCCCUGCCUGCCUCCUCCUUGUUUGGUGGGGAUCACAAGCCCCGCCGCAUGGGGCAGGAAGGGUCCUCUUUGCCCCACUCCCCUGGUGGGGGAGGGGAAGGUGGCCACUGGCAAGCCUUGGGGCUUUUCUUCACUGUCUUCCAGAUAGCCUGGAAUGUGCCUGAGAAUCUCCAGAUCUCUUGCACCUUGAAAGGGAAAAAAGAGGUAAGUGCUGCUGGGGGCUUGUGUGGGGGGGGGGCCCUUGGCCUCUUCCUCCUCAUCUUCCCGAGGGCUCUGAGUGUUGCUGUGGAGCUGCCCAUAUCCUGGAGCCCCACAGAGCAAAAGGCUCCCCUCAAAGCCAGGAGGGUGGGGGGUUCCUGGCCUCUCCCUCUCGCACCUGGCUGACGGCUGCUUCCCUCUCGCCUCUCAGGCCGAAUGCCACAACUUCAUUCGCAUCCUGGAGUUUGCCAACCAGACGCACCUCUUUGUCUGUGGGACCUUCUCCUUCAGCCCCCAAUGUGGCUACAUUGUGAGUGGCUGCCUGGCUCAGCCGUGUGUGUGUGUCUUGCAAGCGCUACCUUUCAACUUGGGGGGUCUGUAUUGCUUCCACCCUGACUGGGACAGAUGUCUUUCAGCCUUGGGGAGGGGCAACUCCGCAAAACCCCUUGGCACCUGCUGGAGGGUUUCAGAGGGUAGGGGCCCCACACCCCCCUUCCAUGCCGUUCACGUGCAGACAUGGCUGGGGGGUCCUUCCUCUCUUGCAGAAAGUGAGCGACUUCCGCACUGUGGAGCGGCAGGAGAGCGGGCGGGGGAAGUGCCCCUUUGAGCCCCUGCAGCCGUCUGCAGCCAUCAUGGCAGGUAUGGGGGGAGGGGCACAUCAGGGGGGGGGGGCUUGUGAGGGUCUGGCAGAACAGUGCAGCACCCACAAGCCAGGGGCCACCUCAGGGGCCUCCAUGGGUGGCUGGGGAGUGCCAAGCCCCUUGUUCCUGCUUCUGUUGUGGGGUGGGGGCCAGAUCCUUCCCUGCCCUUUGCCCCUCUUGGCUCCUCCCCUUUCGUCUUCAGCCUGGCCGCUCUGCUGGGGUGCGGCCACUUGCACCCCCAUCUAUGAAGCCUUGAGGAGGCCCUUCCCGCCCCCCAUGUCCUGCCCUUUCCUGCUAUGCCUCUUUGCCCCCUAGAUGGCGUCCUGUAUGCAGCCACAGUCAACAACUUCUUGGCCACGGAGCCCAUCAUCUCCAGAGCCACAGGGAACCCUACAGAGUUCAUCCGAACAGAAAACUCCGUGGCCUGGCUGAAUGGUGAGCUGGCGAAGGCAGCGGCUGCUGUGGUUGGGCAGGGUGGUGUCUUGGGAUCAGGGCCUGGCGGGGGGGGCUGGAGAAGUCCUUGCAUGGAGCUUUGCUUGUUUCUUCCGCUGCCCAGAUCCCGAAUUUGUGGCCUCGGCUUUUGUGCGGGAGAGUGAGAACGGCGAAGAUGACAAGAUCUACUUCUUCUUCACGGAGACUGCGCGCGAGUACGACUUCUACGAGAAAGUCAAGGUUGCGCGCGUGGCCAGAGUCUGCAAGGUCAGUGCCCUGAUGGGGGGUGGGGGGCUCUGGGGCUGAGGCCUGGUGCCCAGCUGGUUCUCCCUCUUCCCUGGAAGCCCCAUGUCCUCCUUCCUUAUGGGCCUGUGACCCACUUCCUGCUUCAGCCGGCCUUCCACUCUUUGCCCCAACCACCUUGGCUCAGUCCCCCUGCACCAUCUCCCCCAACCCAAAAUGUCUGCUGGGGUGGGGGCUCCUUGCUGUGCCUGCAUUGCCCCCUCCAUCUCUGCCCAAUUGUCUGCAGGGAGACUUGGGAGGCCAGAAGACGCUGCAGAAGAGGUGGACAACCUUCCUCAAGACGCAGCUGGUCUGCUCAGACCCUCAGAGCGGCACCGUCUUUGGCAUCCUGAAGGACGUGGUCACUUUGUCGUCAGACAACUGGAAUGCCACCGUUUUCUAUGGGGUCUUUGCAGCCCACAGGUGAGGGGGGCGAAACCCAUGGCAAGGCCACCUUUGGGGCGGGCAGGGUAGGAGGGAAGGUGCCGCCCUCUGGGCUGCUCCACCAGGCAGGCUUUUCUCUGCCCAGAUGUGGGUGCUCUGUGGGGGGGGGGGGUGAGGCGGCAACAUCAACAUGGGCUCUUGCUUCUCUCUUGCUGGGACACCUUGUCCUGCCUGCCACGCCUGGGCACAGUGCCAGCCAGCCUUGGCAGAGGCAGCCAGCACUGAAGAGGGAGGAGCAGGACUUGGCUUGGUCUGUUUCUGGAAGGCGGAAGGAGUGGCAGGACGCCUUUGCAAGGCUUGGCUGCUGGAUCAGACCAGAGGGGAAGCCCCAAAGCUGGACCUGAAUGCCAGCUGCCUCUUUCCUGUGCUUGUUGCUUAGCAAAGAGGUUUCAGAGGUAGACUGCCCUUGGAAAUGGGGGCUCCACUCACCUGCUGUGACACACAGCUGGCAAUCAGCUUCUUUCCUUGCUCCUUUCCAAGCCAUCCCUGCUUGGGGGUUGGGGUCAGUCUCCACGAAUCCUUUCUGGGUUGCAUAAUGGAGGACUUUGCUCUUGACUUUCCUGGAUUCCUUCCCAGCCAGUUUCAUUGGGGGCCGAGAUGGAGGUGAAAGGGGAAGCCCAGUGGCAGAAUGGCUGGCCUGGCAGGGGGAGGCUGCUUUGCUGGGGGGUGCUGUCUCCCCCCGCCCCCCUGAGUGAGGCUGCCUUGCUGGUGCCUUUCAGGAAGGAGGGGAGUGCCAUUUGCGCCUACAGCCUGCAGGAUAUCCAGAGGGCCAUGGCUGGACGCUUCAAGGAGUUCCGGCGCGACUGCGACAAGUGGACAAGUGUCAUGCAGGACGAUGUUCCUGACCCACGGCCGGGGGCAGUGAGUGAGGCCCAGGGGGGUGCUGCAUUGGGGGCUGGGUGGCCUGGGUCCCCUGGGCUUGAGCAAGCCCCCCCGAUCCUGAGCCCCCCAUCCUCUCUUCCCCUCAGUGUGUCACCAAGAGCCUGAAGCUGGAGGGGAUUGGGUCCACGCUGGCCCUCCCAGACCGAGUCCUGACCUUUGUUCGUGACCAUCCUCUCAUGGACGAGCCUGUCCACCCGCAGCAGGGCUCUCCGCUGCUGGUCCAGCUGAACACCCAGUACUGCCGGCUGGCUGCCCACCGGGUCAGGGCGCUCUCUGGGCAAGAGUAUGAUGUCCUGUACCUGGGAACAGGUAAGGAGGUGGCUGGGCAGCAGGUAGGCAUGCCAAGUGGGGAGGCAGGUAUCGGAGGGGGCCAGGCUGAACUGCCCUUCUGCUCCCCCAGAGGACGGACACCUGCACAAGGUGGUCAGGACCAGCCAAGAAACCUCCCGGGUGAUAGAGGACCUGGAGCUGUUUGCUGAGCCUCAGCCCAUCCGCAACCUGCAGCUCCACCAGGUGAGUGGCUGGUGGGUCUGGCCUGGCCCAGAAGGCUCAAGGGGGACAAGGGCCAAUGGGAUCUUCUCUCUCUGGCCCUGGGACCCCCAUCCAAAAGGGCUGGACUUGGCCUUCCUUGCCCUCCUUUUGGAGGAAGGGGGGGCCUGGCUCCUCUUCAGGGUCCAGCCCUUCGUGGCCCCUGCCAGACAGUGGGAAGCUGAACUGGGAGCUCACUGGUUGCCAAAGCAGCUUUUUGUGGGGGUGGGGCUGUGAACUGCCAUGGAGGGACCAUUCCCCAAACAGCCAGGAUGGCGGCCUGUUGAGUGAACAGGGAAAGCUGCCCUGUGAAUGGUUUCAGAACUCACAGAGUUAAAGAGUUCUGGUGACGUCUCUUUCCUGAGGCGUGGUUAGAAACACUUAAGGGAGGGGUUUGACUCCGUGUGUUUCAGUCUGACUUUCGGACGUGAUGCGAAAGGGAGAAUGUGUCAGUUCUCGCCAGGUCUGAAUUUAUGAUGUUAUUCUUCAUGAUUAAAAGGCAAGAGUAGAUAAGGACUGCCUUGUGUCUGGACUGAUUUAUUCCACACGUGCUGCACUCUGCUUCUCACCGCUGUGUUUCGCUCUGCUACCGGCAAGAGAGAGAGGCCUGAGGAGGACUUUUGCAGGAAGCACGGAUAGCUUGCAGAGUUCCGCAACGGAAGCGUGCCGGGCUCCAUGUUCAGUCUCUGUGUACCCUCUUGUCCGGUGUAAAUAAUUCCAACAGGUUAUGGAAGCUCGCCAAAGCUUUGAAGCAUUGCAGGAACGUCCCACGUGUGGGGAAGCCAGCAGGAAAGUUGCUGGGGUCCAGCUGGAGCUCUGGAGCUGUGUCUUUGAAGCUGGAAGGAGCUCGCUGGGGAGAAGCGAUCUGCCGGAGCCGGGAGGCGGAGAAAGCUACUGCCGGGAGACGUGAGUAAGCUUAGCCCCCGGGGAGGAGAUGGCAGACGAUCGUGAAUCAUUCUCAGUUCCCUUUGAGAAAUUAAAUGGACAAAAUUGGGCCGAAUGGAGCCGGAAGCUAAAGGCCUGGCUGGUAGCCAAGGGGUUGUGGGAGGCGACCCAGGGGCCCCUCUCCCACCACCUGCAGCAGGAGCAGCAGCAGCGGACAUAGCGGCUGCUCACGCGUCGCAGAGGAAAACCAGAAAGCCCUGGGAGCUAUAGUGCUCAGUUUGGAGGGUUCCCAACUUCCUCUGGUUGAAGGGCUUGAGACUGCUCAGGAGGCCUACCAAGCCCUUGAGAGGGUGCACCACAGAACCACGGCUGGUGCAAAGAUCCACACCACCAGACGCUUAUUUGAGAUGAAGCUGCGUCCCGGUGGGAACAUCAGACAGCAUGUUACUGAGAUGCUUUCUGUUUUCAAUGAGUUGCGCCUGUUACAGGUCAACUUUUCAGAAGAGCUGAAGGUUUAUAUUUUGCUCAGCUCUCUGGACAAAAGUUAUGACAAUUUGUGUCUGUCUAUGGAAUCGAUGAGUCCACAGGAUUUGACGCUAUCGUACGUGACAGGGCGUCUUUCGGACGAACAGGAGAGGCGUGUCCGAGAAGGCAGGUCUGGCGCAGGCAGCUCCACCGGUUGCAGAGGUGGGGGGCAAGCCAGAUGAGAGCUGUGUUCAGGCUUUUUCCACUCGUCGAUGUUAUGUCUGUGGAUCCAACAGCCAUCUAAAACGGGCUUGUCCGCAGAAGAGCAGAGAGGCCGGGCAGGAUGUCUCCAAGGUCAACCAGCUGAGUUCUCAUGGGAACCAGUCUCGGAGAGGAGGCCAGCGUGGGAACGCGAAGGAGGGACGUGACUCAGAGAAGGGAGACUGUUAUCAUCUCGCGGCUUCUCUGGCAACUUUGAACAACAAUGCCAGCAGGGACACAACUAUGAAGUGGGUGCUGGACUCAGGAGCGAGUCAUCACCUGAUAACGCCAUCUGCUGGGAGCUGCAGACUUGCAGGGCUGUUUUAACUGGAAUGACUUGUAAAUUUGCUGACGGGAAAAAACGAAAUGUAUCUAAAGUGGCAAAUGUCUAUAAUUCUGUUUUGCAGGCUGAGCUGGAGUGCUUCAUUGUACCAGGGAUGAAGUGUUGCCUGUUAUCGGUUUCUGCUCUGGCGAAGCAGGGAUACAAAAUUUGUUUUGAAAAUAACACCUGUUCCAUUUUCAGAGGGGGAGGCAACUUGUCAACGUGGAGAGCAAGGACAAUCUCUUUGUUCUGGAAACACCUCUGGAGGGUGGUGGGAAUGCAGGGAAAGCACAGGCGCAGUGUGCUAGUGUUCCCAGCCAUGAUUCAUGUGUUCAUGUAUGGCACAAAAGAAUGUCUCAUGCUUGUCUGGAGGAUGUUAAGAGGCUGCCAGGCUGCACCGAAGGAUGUAAAAUCACACCAUGUGAGGGAUCCCUAGUGUGCAGGGCAUGCAGCAAGGUUCAAAGGUGCAGGUUUCCGGGGUAAAGAGGGUAACCACAAAACCUUUGAGUUGAUUCACACAGAUCUGUCAGGACCCAUGAGGUGUAAGAGUCUGGGUGGGGCCAAGUAUGUGCUAUCGCUGACAGAUGACCACAGCCAGGUUGGCUGGUGUUCUCUCUCAAAUCACAGGGGAGGCGGCGCAACUGAUCCAGGAUUGGGCUGCGGAGGUGGAACGAAGGUUUUCCACCAGGGUGCAAGGGUUCAAGAGCGACCGAGGGUCACAGUUUACUGGGUCUGCUCUGGAGGAGUUUUUCAAGGAAAAAGGAAUACGUCACCACGUGACGGGUGCAAAGUCUCCUCAAGGGAGAGGCGUGGCACAGCACAGGAGUGAAACACUGGCUGAAGCUGUCAGAGUUUUGCUGGGUGACUCUGGGCUGCCUCAGAGCUUUUGGAGUGAAGCUUGGAAAGCUGCCAACUUUGUUUUUAACAGGUCCUACAAUCACGAUGUAGGUGACACACCGUAUUUUCUGUUGCACAAGAGGAAGCCACAGGUGCAUUUCUUCCGUUCGUUUGGUUCCAAGGCUUCAGUGCCAAUACCAACAGCGCAACGGAAGAAGGAUGGUCCUAGGUACCAGGACAUGAUCUUCUGUGGGUAUGAUCCUGCAACAAAUGGGUGGAAGUUUGCAUACCCAGAGGGUGAUCAGACCACGCUGCUGGUCAGCAAGCAUGCUGAGUUCUUUGAGCAGGAUGGGUGGUCACAGCCUAGGUAUGGUUCUGAUUUUCUCUCAGACUGCUUGUCCGAUUCUGAGGGGGAGGAAAAGGAGGAAGAAAGGGAGGAAGGAGAGGCAGAGGCGGAGCCUGUUGCUGAAGACCAGGUUGCUGAUGAUGGUCAAGCACAGGGGUGGGUUUCUCCACAGGUUAAGAGGGAACCCAAGAGUGAGCCUUCAUCUCCUGUUAGCCAAGUGCAGGAAGCCCGAAGACGCAGCAAGUCAGAGGGGAGUCUUCUGAGCUUGCUGGAGACACACUUGCUGACCCCAGUGGGUCAGGAGGAGCGCCUGAGGUUAUGCUCCGGCGGUCAACUCGGACCACAAAGGGAUUCCACCGGAGAGGUUUCAGGUCACCAGUGCGUGGGUUGGUUUCGCACAGUGUGAUUCUGGGAGUGUGGAAGGGAUUCAACAAUUGCCUGGGAUGGAUGCCAGUGGGAGGCAAAAGGCAAUGGGAGGUGAGUUGAACUCAAAGAGGUCUGUAAAUAGGGGUUCACAGUUUCCCUCAGGAUUCGUGACGAGAGGGGGUGUGAAUGGUUUCAGAACUCACAGAGUUAAAGAGUUCUGGUGACGUCUCUUUCCUGAGGCGUGGUUAGAAACACUUAAGGGAGGGGUUUGACUCCGUGUGUUUCAGUCUGACUUUCGGACGUGAUGCGAAAGGGAGAAUGUGUCAGUUCUCGCCAGGUCUGAAUUUAUGAUGUUAUUCUUCAUGAUUAAAAGGCAAGAGUAGAUAAGGACUGCCUUGUGUCUGGACUGAUUUAUUCCACACGUGCUGCACUCUGCUUCUCACCGCUGUGUUUCGCUCUGCUACCGGCAAGAGAGAGAGGCCUGAGGAGGACUUUUGCAGGAAGCACGGAUAGCUUGCAGAGUUCCGCAACGGAAGCGUGCCGGGCUCCAUGUUCAGUCUCUGUGUACCCUCUUGUCCGGUGUAAAUAAUUCCAACAUGCCCCUCCUUCCUUCUUGGAAAGGGAACAGUUCCUGAUCCUCCCAACUGUGCUCCUCUGUCUCUGCAGAAUGGCUGCUCCGCAUUUGCCCCCCAAUGGCCACAGCUGGCCCCAUGUGGGAGAUGCUGCGCACCUGAGGGACCUUUUCCUCACAUGCAUCUUUGCAGACUCCCUCCCUGGGACACCCCCAAUCUCCCAAUGAGCAACUCUCUCUUCUUGCUUCCUCUGCAGAACUGGCUCUUUGUGGCUUCCGACAGCGAAGUGACUCAGAUCAGCACCUCCACCUGUGCCACGUACAGGACAUGCCAGCAGUGUGUCCUGGCCAGAGACCCAGCCUGUGCUUGGAGCAGGGAGCAGGGGGCCUGCAGGGACCACCACGGGCAGGCUGGGUGAGUGAGGGUGGGGGCUUGGGGGCCCAGCUGCGAAAGCAGCUUCAGGAGCACCUCUGCUUGGAGUUGGGGGAGCCUGGAGGGAUAGACUCUGCUGCCAGCCAGUGUUGGGGUUGGGGAGGUCACCACGGACAUUAUUACUAUUAAUUAUUGAACUUAUAUACUGCCCUAUAUUGGGAGGUCUCAGGGCGAUUCAUAAAAUAAAAUCAAGAUAUAAAACCACAAAAUACCUAAUAAAAAUAAAACCAACCCAAUAGCCCCCCCCAAACCACAUUUUAAAAGGACAUCACUGUGCACGGCCAGCGGGCAGCAAGCAGAGCCUUCUCUCAAAGCAGGAGGCUCGUUGGGUGCUGGGCCUCUCGGAAGGCUGCCUCUUUGCCCAGCUGCUUUGCUCAGCAACUGCCCCUUUCCCUCUCCCCUCAGCCUGGUCCAGGAUAUGACUGCAACCAAGAUGCUGGCGCUGUGCCCCACGGAGGAAGGCCUUGCAGGUGCGUCCGACCUUCUCCUGCAGAGAGGAAGUGCCCAGGGAGCUCCCUCUGACAGUCAGCUGUGGGGCGGGAGAGAUGACCUGUGGGGGGCUAGUGGGGGAAUUGUGAAGCGGGGAAGGAGGUUUCGGUGGGGUGCCGCCUGGGCAUCAGCUGCCACAGUAUGAAGAUUUGGGGGGAUGGGCACCUCAGCCUCUGCUCAUGGGCUGUCCUGGUGCUUCCACCCCCUCCUCAGUUCCUGCUGCCCUCUGACUCCCUUGCCUGCCUUUUCCCCGACAGAGGCUGUCCCGGUGGUCGAAAUCCUGGCCCCCCCGUCUGCCCGCGUGGUCCUGCCUUGCGCCCCAGAGUCUGCCUGGUCCAGCUGCGAGUGGCAGAGGCCUUCCCAAGACACCUCCGCCUACGUCCUGCGCAGGGAUGGGCUGGAGUUCACGGCUGCCGCAGCCACGCUGGGCGAGUACACCUGCCGCUGCACAGAGCGUGGGGUGGGUGGGGUGGUGGCUGCCUACAGCCUGGUGCUUGGCGGGCGGGGGGCCAGCAGUGCCCCUCGCUCAGAGGAGCGCAGCUACAGCGUCCUGGUGGGGGUGCUCUGCUUUGUGCUGGGCGUCUUGGUGAGCAGCGGCUGCCUCCUCGUGCACGAGCGGCGGCGGAGGGAGCGCCUCCAGCGGGAGCUGAUUUGCCGCGAGCGGAACGGGCUGGACCUGAUGCAGUCGACCACCACCAGCUGCAGCCACGAGCCCCAGACGCCCAGCUCCCCCGAGGAUGAGCGCCACCCGCUGGCCAACAGCAAGAAGAACGGCAGCCUCAACGGCUACCCCCACCUCUACAUCAACGAGCUGGACACGGAGCAGGCCCGCAUCUACCUGGCAGGGGUCCCCCUGGCCAAGUGUGACGAAACCUCCAUCUAGAAGGGGGCGUCCAGCUCACUCUUGCCGGAUGGCUCUCUGGAAGUGGCUGCCCCACUGCAGCCAGGCUGCUGAGAUCUCUCUGGGGCCAGGGCAAGUUUGUUUGGGGCCAGCUGGGCUGCUGCUGAUGCUCCUGGCAGAAGGCCAGGCUGAGCAACUCCUUCCUAUGUUGGGAGACCAGAGGGUCCCUCUGGCUUUCUGGUGGCCAGGGAGAAGCAGGGGGCUGUGAGAGAGGCCGCAGGGCUGGUUUCCAGGGCCUGGAGAAGCCCCUGACUGUGCCUGUGUGAUGCGUACUGGAAAGUUCAGCUUGCCUGCCUGCCGCCCUCUCUGCAGAGGCCCUUCUGCCACUCUGCCUGAGCCACUCAGGCUCAGCCAUGUUGCCCGAGGGGCCGUGAGCGCCUGGCCCUGGGACCUGCUGUGAAGGACGUGCCAAGUGCCCAGUGAGGGGUGGUGCCUUGGCACAUGGAGCCCCCUUGCCAGCUGCAGCGGCAGCACCUGGAAUGUUUACUGGGGGGUGACCUGUUCCCCUCACCACCCACCUCCAUUUCAAUCCCUGCAGCUGCUCUUUGGACAGGAGAAGGCAGGCAGACUGCCCCCCUUUCCUAGCAGAUUCGGACUGAUAAAUGUGAAGGAUGCUCCGUGUGGGAGCAAAGGACCUUUUGGAAUACCUCCCUCCUGCUCAGUCUCGGAGGGACACAGACUCUGUGGUUCCCCACCUUUUGAAUGUGGCCAAAUGUGUACCCCCUUUGAUCUCAUAUCCCGGAUCUCUGCCUCCCCCCCCCCUUUGAUGUCCCACAGGGUUUUUGCUUCCUAAGAAGCUGUACCAGGGACCAUCUUUCUGUGAAACGGGUGUUGUGCUCUCCUACUGUUGUAUUUUGGUUGUUUUAAUUUCUUGGUUUUGUGACUUAUUAAAAGGGAUGAAACUUAGGAGCCCAGUCUCUCUUGUGCUCGAAUCCUGCUUGCUGGUUUCCCACAGGCUGCUGCUCCAGGUGGGCCAGUGGUCUGACCCAGCAGGCCCUGCUUAUGUUUUUAGUUCCAACUAGUAGGGGGGGGGGCUGGCCAGUGGGGGGUGGGGGUGGCCUGUGCUAGAAGUACCCCUCCCCCUGCUGGCCUGGCCACAAUCCCAAACAAGCCAAGUUGCAGCGGGGAGCCUAGGCUGUGAACCCUCCUGCCUGGCCUUCCACAGCACCCCCUUAACUGCCUGCUCUGCAGCCUUUCAGAGAGCCUUUGUGUCUGUCUCCAAGGCAUGUUUCUUCACCUGCUCUGAAGUGCAUUUGUGCCCAAUUGUUUGAAAUUCACCAGAGCUACCUGGUUGGCAUAAUUGGAAGGGAUCCAAAG